ACAGAUCAGAGAUUUUAUUGAAAAUACAUAUCUAACAAUGCAAAACUGAAAUGUUUUGUAAAUUUAUUUAUUUCGUUAAACAGUGUCGGAAGUGUUAUUGUGGUAUAUCACAAAUGAAAAAAUAUACAUUUUGAUUUGUUAUCGCAACGUAUAUUUAACAAAAUAAAUAUAAUUUACAUAAUUUUAAAAAAAUUUUUGAAUCAGAUAGUGAAACUGAUGUGAGUUAAAAUGAGUAUGAUAGAGGUAGAUCCGAAACUAUUCAUUACCUGUCGACUUUGUCUGGAUGAAAUGGGGCAGUACCAAAUAGUGCCUCAGGUACAGGUGCAGAUCAAAUACUGCUUUGACAUUGAAGUGCAGCCUUUCGACGGUCUCCCGCAACUUAUUUGUAAGAAAUGUGAAUCCAUUUUGAGUCAAUAUGCAGAAAUAAAAAAAAAAAUUCAAGAAAAACAAUGCGGUCUAAUAUCAAACAUAAAAGGAAUUAAUAAACCUAUUGCACCCAGUAUAAACCAACAGCAAGAUACUGUUAGUUCUACUCAGCAAGUUGAUAGUGAUAGUAAUAAUCAUAUCAGUAAAACAAAACAGAAAGACAACCAGAUAAUCGUAUCCACUAGCCGGAAAUUAUCUUUAGACAGAGAACCCGCUAAAGAUAAUAGGAACUUGUUCGGUGUAAAAAAAAAUGUAGCUAACAAAUCCAAGUCAGUUUGGAAGAACGAUUAUGAAAAAACCUUUGUAUGUAGACUUUGCGCAAAAUCUUUAAAAAAUAAAAGGAGUAUUGUUCAUCAUCUACAGCAGUGCCACUUAUUAAGAAACUACUCAAAUGUUCUUCGAAGGUGUAUUAUCAAAAUGAAUAAAAUUGAUUCAAUACCCAAUUUGACAUUUUCAAAUGAAAAUGUUGUAUACGGCAAAGAUAAGAUAAUCAAUUGCCAACUCAAAAAUUAUUACAUCCUAUAUACGCGUAAAUUAAAUGAGAUAAAAAGUGUAUCUUCGGAAUCAUCCGAUGAAGACUUUUCUAUACCUCGCAAGAAACGUAAAAGACUUCGAUUGUUUUCAAAAAGUUCAAAUGAAACGCUGGUUAUUGAUAAUAAUAGCACAUCCCCGAGUCUCAUACAAUCACAUAGGAAAGAAGAGAAACAAAAUUACACAAAGAGUAAUGAGAAAGAAUUAACAGAUGUAAGCGAAGUUGAACUCAUUAAUGUUGAUGAUUCAGAUAGUGCAUCAACAGCGAGCCAAACCACUUUGAAUAAAACAGAAACAAUCGAAAAUGAAAUUCCUCAAAAAUCUACUAUUGAAAACGAUAAGGUUAUACAGAAUAUAAUAUCAAUGUGCUACAACAAAUAUUUAAAGAGGUUAGAUAUGAGUAGCAAGGAUUCGAAGGACACAGGAAAUGGCGAAUCUGUCUUGCAACGUAAAAUUUUAAGUAUGGGACGAAAAGUAAUCCACAAAAAGGGUCUAAAUUCAACUGGACUUAUAAGAUACAUGGUACAAAAAGAUCUUGAUGUUGAUUGUAUAAUAAAAUGUCAAGCGAAUGUUACUAUAAAAACAACAUUAAAAGAUAAACAAAAUAACGAAAAUAGUACUCAACAUACUUGGAAAUGUUUAAAAGAUGUUGAUAAUACAUACACGGCAAUUGACUUUGUAGAUCUUUUUGACAAAAUAGUUAAGAGUCGAAAUGUAGAAGAACAAAGUUCACAGCCAGAAUAUAUUAGAGAAGAUGACAAUGAUGUAACACUUGAUAUAAAUGAAGGUUUACAUUUAAAUAAACAGUCAAAUUAUGAUGAUAGUGCCAAAUUAAGCGACCGUUCUUUGCCUUUAGUUGUACCAUUCGAUAACAAUGUAUAUGAAAGAAAAGUAGAAAAUUCUGUCUUAUUCAUACGCACUACUCAGGAAACCGACAAAAACACUUUUUUGAAAAAACUCUUGAAUGAAAACCCUGUUGCUAAUCCAAAGCAAUUACCAAAGAAGGCUACUCCAGUGGAAUUGUUUACAUUGCUCACAAACUCUAGUUCUCCCUCACAUACUGAAUCUACGCUUGAAGUGUCUAACUUUGAAAAUAAUAUGAGUGGAAGUCUUCACAUGCCAAUUAUAACUUCUACAGUUUCACUAGCUAAUACAUUAAACGAAGAUAAAGAAAGCAAUAAUGAAACUGCUAACAAACCUGAUUCAGAAGCUACUCAAUCGCAAUUACCGCGAAUAAAAGUUAAGUCUGUAGCUGAUCUUAUGCCGCAAAAUGCCGUCCCAAAAAGUCUUAUAGUUCCAUCAACAGCUUGGGCCACUCGUUAUAGCUAUAACGACGAUCAAAAUAAGUUUGUACAGAAAAAAAAUACUCCUAAGAUGUUUGUGACAAAUGGUGAAACAAGUUACACGAAUGUAAACUCUUACUCCGUUAAUACAGGCAGUUAUUCACAAUAUAAUAUAAAUCAAAACACUAAUAAAAGCGCGUUAGUUCCAACAAAUUCAAAUGUAUCAUCAGGGAACACACAGAGUAAAGAGCAAUAUGUAAUAUUGCAUACAGUUGAAUUACCUCAUACAAAAACAAAGUCGCCAUUUCGAUAUCUUCAACAGUUGUUACAAAUCCAUAACAUUGUUCUAUUAGAUAGUAUUGAUAUUGUUUCAGUUAGUAUGUCGUGUCUUAUUAAAUUCAAAUUAGUUUUCCAUCAAGAAUCUAGUGUUGCCGUUACACUGUGUUUAUCUUUCUAUUGUAAACAGAAUACAUUCUGCAUUAGAGUAAUGGAUGUUAAUUCAAAACACAUAGACAUUGCUAAGCUAUCCGCAUAUUGGCAGUGGGAAAUACUUAAGGAAUUUAAAGGAAAUGUUGUUCCUAAGCUUUAUGAAAAUGCCGGUAAGAUUAGUCGAGAUAUAUUGCAACAAACUUAUCAUUUUGUAAGAUUUCUCAGUUCUAUUGAAUUUUCAAAAUGUACUGUCUGAUUUUGAUAAUUUUUGUACAUUUUCUUUUUUCGUUUAUGUGCUAGAUAAAUACAUUGGAUGUCGAGCCUAUAAUAACGAGAAUUACAUGUUAAUCUAUAACAGUGUUUAAUGUCAAAAAGAAAAUAAGUUUUUGUUACAAAAUGUAAAUAAAUAUCGUAGAAUGUUAUUUAUUAAAAUAAACUAUUAUAGUUUAUGUUGGGCGGUUAUAUAGUAUUAGGGAACUUUGACCAUUUCUAAAGAGAUGACAAUUUUGAGAUAAGAUUUGUGAAAGAAUCCUGCUCUAUAAACUUAACCAUUACUGGUUUAAUAUUAAUUAACCACGUAAUUAUAAUGUUUCUUUAUUUUCUAUUAUUUAUCUUAAAUAUUUUUUUAACAUUCAUCAUAAUUUAAGUUAAAUUCCAACUUACAAGUUUAUAUAUCAACAUAGGUACCUACCAAUAUGGUAGUAAAUGAUUAAAUAGAAUUAUGUUUUACAGUACAGGUCCGUUAAUCGCGACUUCGAACAUCCGUUUAUAUUGUGCGGAAUUAAGAAGAGUAAUUAAGUCCAGUAAGCUAUUCAAAUAUAUUUUGAUUGUUUAACCCGAAUAAAUCGAAGGAGUGAGAUAAAAGGCAUCCUAACCUUUACAUGUCCCGUGAAUCAGCGAAUAGUUCGUCUUUUUUAAUAUAUCUUUAUUUCAAAUACAACAAUAUUUAACUCAAAUACUAAUAUAAACUUUAAUUUGACUUCCAAUGUUACGUUAAUAACGUCGUCGUGAUAAGAAACGCCAUAUUUUGACGAAUCCAUAAUUAUAUCACGUUAAUUCGAUUUAAGUUGUGUAUUUGCUUUUACUCAUUAUAGGUCAAGUUGUAACGUAUGAAUGUUAUGGAUUUGGUAGAUCCUGAGAGUAAUUAUGAGAUACAAAAAUUAUAAUUUAGGUACGACAGCAAAAUGAUUAAAAUGGUCGGACAUAACUUGCAUGCAACAUGCAUAACUUUUAUAAUUGUUGUAUUAUUUCAAGAAGUAAAUGAACUUUAAUUUUAUUUUAAAAUAUUAAGGAAUUGAGAAAGCACGUCGAUUUGUUCAGAUAAUCAAACCAUGACUGCGUAAAUUAUAGUCAUUUCUUUACAAAUUUGUGUGGCUUGUAUGUUAUUAUAAUUGGUUUUAAAAACUGAUUAAAUUUAACUGCUGUUUUGUAAGGACCUCAAGUCUAAAUAUUUUCUAGUAUUUUGUAAGUAAUAAAUAUAAA